AAUAUAUUCGAUAUAAAAUUAACAGUAAUCCACUUAAAUCUGAUUGUUACCGUCUGUACGACGAUAAUCAGAUGAUUAUCGUAAAAUUAAUAUAUAUAUAUUACAUUAUAUAAAUCAGUUCAUCCUCAUCUUAGAUUUUAUCAUGUUAUCUAAACAAGGAAUUAAAUUUCCUAGAUUCUUCGUUCAAUUACGUAAAAAUUCUAGUAUUCCAGUUCCAACCUCAACUAUAAUAAAAACCGGGCAAAUUGUAUCUCGAUUAGGAUUUGGUGGAUAUCGAAUAAAUAGGAAUGAUGAUAGUCAUAAAGUAGCACUUGAAAAAGCAAUAAAAAGUGGUAUCAAUGUAAUUGAUACAAGUACUCAUUUUGAAUUUGGUGAAUCCGAAGAAGUUAUUGGUAAAGUUUUAAACAAUGCUAUUAAAGAUGGAACCGUUACUCGCGAGGGAAUGGUAAUAAUCUCUAAAGCAGGAUAUGUAAAUAUUGCAGAUACGACACACUUGGAUGAUUCAUUUGCAAAAAUCAAUGAUAAAUCUGCGCAUUCUAUUUCUCCCGAAUUUUUAAAUAAACAAAUCUCCGACUCAUUGUCACGUUUAAAUCUUGAAAAACUUGAUAUUUUUAUGCUUAAUAAUCCCGAAAGAAUUUUACAAGCUAAAAAUAAGCACUUAUCAAUUAGCAAUUUGUAUGAUGACAUCGAAAGAGCACUUGAUUACUUGGACAAAGAAGUAAUGAAAGGAAGAAUUGGUGGAUAUGGAAUUUGUUCCAAUUCAAUGGCAAUUUCAAUAGCAGCUGAUCACAUUUCACUGCCAAAAAUUUUUGAAAAACUUUCAAAUUCUAGUAAAAAAAAUUUUAUGUCGAUUCAAACACCUUUUAAUUUAUUUGAAAGAGAUUUAAUUCAAAGAGGUGUUGGUCAAACUUGUUCUCUUGCUGAAUAUGCGAAGUCUAAUGAUAUAUUCGUAUUCACCAAUCGGCCGCUUCAUGCUAUGGCCGGAGGAAGCAUCCGCAAACUUGUUAACAACCGAGAUUUAAGAGAUUUACCCGAACAUCAAAUUGUUAAUAAUCUUUCAAACGGACUUCAAAGAUUAGAUCAGUUAGAGAGUGAAUUUAGUAAUGAAUUAUUUCCGUUAGGACAUCCAUUGUCAACGAAAUUUAUAUGGUCUCAAAUAUUUUCACAAAAUUUAUCGAGAUUAUCACAGAAUCAUUUUGCUACAAAAUAUUAUUUGGAAAAACAAGCUAAACCUGCUAUAAUAAGAGAUUUAGAUUGCUUAUGUGAUUAUGUGAAAAAUAUGGCUUUAGAUGAAGAAAAAAGUAGAUUACAAAGUUGGAUGAUGAAUUAUCAAAUGGAAACGCAAUCUCUUAUGGAUUCAAUGGUUUCAUAUGCACUUAUAAAUGUAUUACACAGUAAUGAUGAACUUGAUUCUAUAAUAUCAUAUCUCGCUCCUUCAUUAUAUUUAGAAACUGUUCAACAUCAUUCUCCAUUAUCUGUAAAAGCACUUCGAAUUAAUUUGGCAAAUCAAAUAAUUGGAUGUGUUUUAGUUGGCAUGAGAAAACCCGAAUACGUUCAAGAUUCUUUAUCAGCUUUAGAAUUAAGUGAUGACGAUUAUUUAACCAUUGAAGCUUUAAAUGAUAUAUAUGCGAGUCAAAAUUUUCAAUAAAGCCCAAUUUUUAAAUAAACUAUAGAUUCUAUAGAUUAGUGAUAAGAUUAGUUAACAAAUCAGCGGACUUUUUUUACUCAUCUUUCGUGAAAUGGGCUUAGACUUGGACGCUUGCAUUUCUCAGCUUCUUCAAAAGCAACUGUUAGCAGAGUCUCUUAUCAAAGAAAUUUGUGAAAAGACUAAAGAGCUGUUAAUGAAUGAAAGCAAUUGUGUUUCAAUUUCAGCGCCUGUCACCGUAGAAAGUGUCUUUUUUAUAUAUUAUGUAUUUGUUAAAAGGGAAUAAAUAUUUGUAAUUUAAGAUUAUUAUUUUCUUCU